UCAACCAAAAGAAAGCCGACACUUUGCAUUAUUUGACGGGAUAGAAUUUUGAUACAUCGACUCCCAACUAACCUACUAUUUGAUUUUUUUAACAUAAAUUAAUCUAAACUAGACACACAUUAAAGUAAUAAUUAAAUAACAUAUGAACUUUUGAUACUCCUUCAACCCUUCACUUCACAGAAGAUACCACUUACUUGUGCUUCGAGAAUUCUGAGUUUCCUCAUCAUACCUUUCUAGAAAGAAAACCAUGGCAGAGCUUUUCCUUGCUCCGUUAAUCCAACUGCUGUUUGACAAAGUGGCGUCUGGCGAGUUUCUGAACUUUGCACGCCGAUAUGUGGGACUCGGAGAAAAGCUGAACAAGUGGAAGCAUACGUUACAAGGAAUCCGGGCAGUCCUUGAUGAUGCGGAUGGAAAGCAGCAUGAUGUGACGACAGUGAAACUGUGGUUGGAUGAUCUUAGAGACUUGGCUUACGAUGUGGAGGACAUACUUGAUGAGUUCGCCACGGAAGCUUUGCAACGCAAAUUGAAGGGAGGAGAUGAUGAUCAGGCCAGCACAAGUAAGUUACGGAAACUCAUCCCUACUUGUUGCACUGGUUUGACUCCAAGUGCUCUUAAGCUCAAUGUUAGGAUGGUUUCAAAGAUUGAGGAGAUCUCUGCUCGAUUCAAUGAUAUUGUCACACAAAAAGAUCAACUGAACUUGAAAGAAGCUGCUGAUCGUGGGAGAUCAAACAGAAGAAGAGGGACACUGGAGCCAACUUCUUUAAUGACAGAUGCUUAUGUUUAUGGCAGGGAAAAAGAUAAAGAGGCUAUACUUCAAGUGUUGCUGAGUGAAAAACGUAGUGAUGCUGGAGAUAAAGUUUCUGUGAUUCCCAUUCUUGGUAUGGGGGGCAUAGGAAAGACAACUCUUGCCAAACUUUUAUUCCAAGAUGAAAAAGUGCAAAGCUUUUUUGAGUUAAAAGCAUGGGCUUGUGUUUCUGAAGAUUUCAAUGUUGUUAGAGUCACAAAAGCAAUUUUGAAAAUGGUCACCACUGAAAGCUGUGACGACGACGAUCUGAAUUUGUUGCAAGUCAAACUAGAGAAGAAUCUAAAAGGGAAAAUGUUUCUAAUCGUUUUGGAUGAUCUUUGGAAUGAGAACUACGAUGACUGGACUAUCCUGCGUGCUCCUUUCCUAGCAGGGGCUCCCGGAAGUACAAUUGUUAUCACAACUCGUAAUGAGAGAGUUUCAUCAACAACAUGUUCCGUUCCAGAACACCAUUACCGUUUGGAAGUGCUGUCAAAAGAUGCAUGUUUGUCUGUAUUUACCCAACAUGCACUGGGAGCAAGCAACUUCAGUGCACAUCUAGACCUUCAAGAGAUUGGUGAAAAAAUCGUUGAAAGAUGUAAAGGCUUGCCUUUGGCGGCAAAGACCCUCGGUGGCCUCUUGCGCACUAAAAAGGACCGUAAUGAGUGGGUAAAUGUACUUAAGAGCAAGAUAUGGGAUAUACCAGAGGAGAGAAGUGGAAUUGUUCCCGCCCUUAUGUUAAGCUACCACCAUCUCCCUUCACAUUUAAAAAGGUGCUUUAUGUAUUGUUCAAUAUUCCCAGAAGACUAUGAAUUUGAAGAGCAACAGUUGGUUCUGUUGUGGAUGGCAGAAGGUCUAAUUCAACCACCGGAAGGGGAUAAGCAAAUGGAAGAUCUGGGUAGCGAGUAUUUUCAUGAUUUGUUGUCAAGGUCUUUUUUCCAACAAUCAAGCACGGAGAAAUUCCGAUAUGGGAAACCACAAUUUGUGAUGCAUGAUCUCAUCAAUGAUUUGGCCCAAAGGGUUGCAGGAGAUAUAUGCUUCAGGAUGGAGGAUGAAAUUUGGGGUGGUAACAGAAGGAGACUUCCUAAAAAGGUUCGACACUCUUCUUACUUGGGUGGCUUCUAUGAUAUUGCUAAAAAGUUUGAGCCUUUUUUUGACAUCAGAUGUUUGCGUACAUUCUUGCCUCUUAUGCUUCCAUUUCGUGGGCAUUGUUAUUUGACUCAUAAUGUUCCUCAUCAAUUGUUGCCAAAAUUACUAUGCUUAAGAGUGCUCUCUUUGAGUGGGUACUACAUAGUUAAGUUACCAGAUUCGAUUGGCGAUUUGAAGCAUCUACGGUACCUUGACCUUUCUUACACUUGGAUUAGAGGCUUUCCUGAAUCAACAACCACUCUAUGCAACUUACAAACAAUGAUUUUGGAGGGAUGUUCCUAUCUAAAGAAAUUGCCUUCAAAUUUAGGCAACCUGGUCAACUUGCGCCACCUUAACAUUCUCAAUGCUAAUAAGCUAGAAGGAAUGCCUCCUAAAAUAGGUAAAUUAACUCAUCUCCAAACAUUGUCUAAUUUAAUUGUGGAAAAAGGUAGUUGCUUCACGUUAAGAGAGCUAGGUUCUUUGUUGUAUCUUCGAGGGACACUCAUCAUCUCACAAUUGGAGAAUGCCACUGAACCCAGGGAUGCAAGCGAUGCUAAGUUAAGUGAAAAGCGUGAUCUUACUACGUUGUUCUUGGAAUGGAGUGUCAACGUAGAUGAUUCACAAGACAGAAGAAGUGAGUUUGACGUACUUCGCAUGUUACAACCUCACAAUGCUUUGAACGAGCUGACUAUCAAGUGCUAUGGAGGUACAAAAUUUCCGACUUGGUUUGGUCAUUCAUUUCUUCGUAUGGUGCUGCUAAGGAUUGAAAACUGUAAAAAGUGCACUUCAUUGCCACCAGUCGGCCAACUACCAUUUCUCAAACAACUUUUCAUUGAAGGCAUGGCGAGUGUGAAGGAUGUUGGUGUUGAGUUUUAUGGGAAUGGUUCCUCACAACCUUUUAGAUCCUUGGAGGCUUUAUAUUUUGAGGAUAUGGAAAAAUGGGAGAAAUGGAGCCCUAAUGGAGAGUUCCCACACUUGCGUGAACUUUCAAUUGCAAAUUGUCCUAAGCUAUUGGGGAAGUUACCAAACCAUUUUCCUUCAUUAGGAAAAGUUGUUAUAGAAAGAUGUCAGCAGUUGGUGGUUUCUAUUUCAAACUUUCCUAAGCAUUGCAGACUACAAAUUGGAGGAUCCGAAGGGGUGAUGCAUGAAAAUAAGGUUGUCUUCAACUCACUAAAUUCCAAGUCUUUUUCAACAAUUUCAGAAUUCAAAUCUCCAAUAGAAGGGCUUAUUCUCGAAGGACUAACUCAUGCAGAAGAUCUAGCUUUUGAAAAUUGUGAGGAACUGACGCCUUUGUGGUCAAAUGAUGUGGGAUUACUGCAGCCCCUCCCCAAUCUUCGUGUUCUAAAGUUUGAUAAUUGUUCAAAACUAGUUUCGUUGGCAGCAGAAAAAGCAAACGAGCAGCCACAGUUGGAUUUGCCUUCAACACUUAGAGAAAUUCAUAUCUCUCAUUGUAAUGUCCUGGAAUUUUUACCCAAGGAAAUCCUGUACAACAACACGUGUCUUGAGCGUAUUGAGAUUAAUGGAUGUGAUUCACUGAAGCACUUUGCAAUAGGCCAGCUACCUCCAACACUUAAGCGGCUACACAUAUGGAAUUGCGAGAAUAUGAUAAUUUUACUUGAUGAGGAUGAUGCCAAUAGUUGCAGUACUAGCACAUCUCUUCUUGAGUCCUUGGAGAUUUGGAGCUGUCCAUCCCUCAAAUUCUUAACAUCUAGCGUAGAAUUACUGGCAACAAUUAAACACCUUGAUAUUAAAUAUUGUGGAAAGCUGGUGUCAAUAGCGAAAAGUGAAAAAUUACCUGCAACACUUCAACACCUUACAAUUUUGGGUUGUGAACAGCUGGAGUCGAUAGCGAAAAGUGAAGAAUUGCCUGCAACACUUCAACACCUUGAGAUUCACUAUUGUUCAAAGCUGGAGUCAAUAGCGAAGAGCUUCCAUCACAACUCAUCUCUUGAAAAGAUUAAAAUUACGAGGUGUGAAAACCUUAAAUCCUUACCCACGGACAUACACACCCUCAGCCAUCUAGACACGAUUGAAAUUCGUUUUUGUCCAGCUCUUGUUUCCUUCCCAGACGGAGGGUUGCUCCCUAGCAACCUUAGAGAGUUAACGAUUGAUAGUAAUAUGGCCCUGCCUAACUGCAUUCACAACAUCACCUCACUUCAAAAUUUAUACAUUUGGAGGUGGAGUCCAAGCGUGGCAACUUCCUUUUCGGAAGAGGGUUUUCCCGCCAGCCUAACAUCACUUACAAUCGGGUAUUGCAACUUCACUGAGGCCUUGCUUGAAUGGGGGCUGCACAGGCUUACCCCUCUUCAACGUCUUCAUAUUCAAGGUGGAUGUCCGAAUGUGGAGUCCUUUCGAGAGAAGAUGCUGCCUGCGUCUCUUACUACCCUCUCCAUCGCAGACUUCCCCAAUCUGAAAUACCUGUCUUCCCUUCGAGACCUAGCCUCUCUUCAAGACCUGCAGAUCUAUUUUUGUAAAAAUCUCACAUCCUUUCCAGAGGAUGGCUUGCCUCCCUCACUCCAGAACCUCAUUAUCAAAGAGUGUCCUCUGCUGAAAGAACACUGCAAGAAAGAUCAAGGACGAGAGUGGUCCAAGAUAGCCCACAUCCCUUGCGUUUUGAUUGAUAAUAGGUUCGUGUUUGAAUCAUAAAAGGAGGAAUCCAUGCCUGACUCGGAAGAGGAGGAUUAAGGAGGUCUAUCGUCAAUUGACCCGCAGAUUUUGCUAAUUGUAAGACAACUGUUGAGAAACAAAUCCAAAGAGCCGUGGGCGGGUCCACUAUGCAAGUCAUCGCCAUGAGCCACACAUCACGCUGUUCAAGAGGCCUCUAAACUGUUAGUAGCAGGAGGAGAACAUGCGUCAUCCCCCACAAAUAUACUUGUAAUCUCUCCAACUAGACUUCAUAUUUUCCUAAGAAACAAUCUGGAUGUUUUGGAACUUAGGUGUUUGUUGAAUUGCCUCACCGACCAAGCAGAGAGUGAAAGCCUCCGAACAUUGAAUUACUAUGAGUGCCUUUGUUGGCUUGACAAAAGAGAAGAAACCUGUAAGUUCAACACUCCCAGCCUAAACACCAAACCUAGAGCAUAUAUUGCAUUUUCUCCAAUGAUUUGGCAUCACACCCUUGUAGUUGGAACCCGAAGUGUUCAAUGAAGAAAAUGUUGGUCCUGAACAGGAUAUCGAUGCGUCUUUCAAGCAAAAUUGGUAUGGAGAAGAGGAGGGAUUAUCUUUAUGUAGUAUUCCCAGGAACAAACUGAUCCAGAUUAUGAAUAUAAAGAGUUUCAACCAGAAGAAGACUUCCCCAAUCACCCUCACUUUCACGGCACUUCUUCUACACUCAGCAGCCCACACAAGGCCAGCCUCUCAACUCUCAAUGCAAUCUGAUUGCUGCUUCCCAAUACAAGAUGAAGGCCGCCAUUUGUCAAGUAUUCCUGCAUGUCAGAUGUCCAUGUUUUCUGCUGGCUUUCAUCUCAGCUCAGCACACAAUUGUCCAGCUUCCAUGCGCUUUGUUUUCCUCUUGGUUUUUCUGUUAUGUAAUUUAAUAUGUUCAUUGUUUUCUGUUAUGUAUUUCAGUCCUCUCUUCUCUCGUAAAAACACACGAACCAUUUGGCUAUAUAAAUACAUGGUACUGCACUGUUAUUGGUUAUGUAACCAAAACAGUUUUCCUCUAAUCUUUCAAUUAUAUGUUUAUUCUCAUAUAACCAGAGUAGUUCGAGUAUAUGUUUAUUCUCAUAUACCAUCGUUGCGCCCUUUUGCGCUUUUAAUGAGAUUGCAUAUAUUAGAUGA